AUGGCUGGCCGCUUCGUACGCUCAUCUAAAUACCGCCAUGUUUUCGGGCGCUCUACACGCAAGGAGCAAUGCUAUGACAACCUUCGCAUUUCCACGAAUGCCUGGGACACCAAUCUUGUCAAGGUAGCGCUCUCGGCAGCAGUUCAAACUCCAGUAUACCUUUCACCCUUGCCUGGGCUAAUCGAAUCAACAGCGAAACUGGAAAGCUUCCUGAACGAUUUCCUCUUUUUCGUGGACACACAGCUGAACCCAUUCAAUGACUCCCUAAUCACAUCUAGCUCCGAGGAUGGAAAGAUUUUCCUUUGGAGGGUUCCAGACGGCUUCACCCUGCACAGUGAUGCAGAUUCCGUGUCGGACAUUGCACCUGUAGGGAAGUUAAGCGGCCACCCACGGAAAGUUGGGCACGUUCUUUUCAAUCCUGCGGCUGAAAAUGUUCUAGCCUCUGCUUCCGGCGACUUUUCCGUUAAAAUUUGGGAUAUCGAAACCGGAUCUUCGAAACUUACUCUCAAACUCGGAGAUGUCGUUCAAUCGCUGUCCUGGAGUGCUAACGGCUCACUCUUGGUUACGACUUCUCGUGAUAAAAAGCUACGGUUGUGGGACGUACGCCAAGAAAGAGCUAUCCAUGAAAGCCAGAGCCACUCUGGCGCUAAAAACAGCCGUGCAGUAUGGAUGGGAGAACAUGACCGUAUUGCUACAACUGGGUUUUCAAGAAUGAGUGAUAGACAGAUGGCUUUAUGGGACGUUAGGGCUCCGAGGGAGCCGAUUAAUGGUUUUCGGGUUCUCGAUUCCAUUUCUGGAGUCUGCAUACCUCACUGGGAUGACGGCACCCAAUGUUUGUAUCUCGCUGGAAAAGGAGAUGGUAACAUCCGUUAUUUUGAAUACGAAAACGACAAAUUUGAGUAUCUGUCAGAAUACAAAUCCGGAGAUCCUCAGCGUGGAGUCGGUUUCAUGCCGAAACGUGGUGUUAACAUGCAUGAUAAUGAGGUUGUUCGCGCCUUCAAGACUGUAAACGAUACUUAUAUUGAACCCAUUUCCUUCAUUGUACCUCGCCGAGCAGAGGUUUUUCAGGAUGAUAUUUAUCCGCCUACGACUGGUCUUAAGGCUGCCGUGAGCUCCAGCGAUUGGUUUGUGGGGAAAGAUGGCCUACCACCUAAAAUCGACAUGGCAAGCUUGUACGAAGGAGAAGGUCUUAAGGAGAUAUCUCCCGAUGCAAGCUCUACACCUCGACCCACUCCGGUAACAAGUACUGUGACAACAGAGCCGCAGAAACCAGCGGUUAAAGUGACCGAAACAUUGCAAGAAGCCGCACCGCAAACCCAUCCAGUAAUCAUGGCAGCAAAUCAAGGUACUAUGAAAGAGCAAACUGCAUCAAUGGCCGCAAUGGUCUCGAAGUAUGCCGAUGCUAGUGAUAGAACGGAUGAUGCAGAUGAAAAGUACAGUUUUGAAGAAAUUCCCAAAUUGGAAGAACCCCAUCCAUCUAUCUCUGUUUCCCACGCAGAACCUGAAACAGUUUCUUCGCCCCCCGGUUUAUGGAGAGCAAAAUCUUCGGAUAUAAAAAAGGUUCCAUCAAUAGAAAAGACUCCUGAGAACAUCCCAAAUCUGCCAGUUGUUACACCCGGCGUCGAAACUCCAACCCUUGACGAUUUUCCAACGAAUUCUCAGUCCUCCAUUUUAAGAGAAAUGGAGAAAAUUAAAACUCUGAUUGCCGACCAGACGAAGGCCAUUGCUGCUCAGGCCAAGCAAAUCACUAUAUUGACCAGUGAGAUUGAUGAUCUCAAGCAAAAGCUAGGUUAA